AUGUCGGACAUGACAGUGUACGUCGGCAACUUGCCAUCGGAUGUUCGUGAAAAGGAAAUAGAAGAUAUCUUUCACAAGUAUGGAGAAAUCCGGAACAUCGAUAUCAAGUCUCGGUCAAGAGAUUCGCCUGCAUUUGCUUUUAUCCAAUUCGAUGAUCGCCGCGAUGCCAAAGAAGCCGUUCGUGCCCGUGACGGGUAUGAGUUUGAUGGAAAACGUCUUCGUGUCGAGUUCCCACGUGGCCAGGGUCCUCGUGGUCCAGGUGGAAGACCUACCAGAGACAAUGGAUCCCGUUUUGGACGCAAUGGUGGUCCUCCGAAACGUAGCAACUACCGUCUGAUUGUCGAAGGCCUUCCAAGAAGUGGAUCGUGGCAAGACAUCAAGGAUCACUUGAAGCAAGCCGGCGAAAUUUGCUAUGCCAAUGUGCACAAUGAAGAGGGUGUUGUAGAGUUUGAGAGAUAUGAGGACCUGGAGUACGCCAUCCGCAAGUAUGAUGAUACCAAAUUCAGAUCUCAUAAGGGAGAAACCGCUUACAUUCGUCUGAAAGAAGACAAAUCGGAGUAUGCCAAAGAAAACAAACGUCGCACUCGCUCGAUCUCUCGCUCCAAGUCUCCAAUUCGUGGUCGCUCGUCAUCCCGCUCCAAGUCUUCAAUACGUGGACGUCGCACUGUGGCCGUAUCCAUGAACGCAAUGAAUGAUAAGAAAGAAAGGAAAGAGAAGUGUUCUGGAAUGCCAGAGGCUGCGGCAAUGCUUCUUGUUGAUUUGUUCAUUAGAGACGAGAAAAGAUGGUAUCAGAGAGUUCUAGGUGGAUGUAAAAAGGGAGUCAACGAAAGGCAGAAGUUGUUAUCGGAAUGGCAGGAAGAACUGGAAGGGAUUGGAUGUGAUCGGACAACACAUCAAAUCUACAGCAGAAUUAAAGGCGAUUUGACGAUGGUGAAAAGUCGAUUGUCUGCGGAGAAAGUGGAGAGAGGAAAAACAGGAGGCGGAUUAGCGAAAAAAUCAGCGAAACUUGACGUCGCCAGACAAAAACUCUACGACCAUGUCGCUGGAUCUCACGCAUUGGAUGGAUUCGAAGGAGGACGUGAAUCGAGUGAAGAGCCGGGGCUGGAAAUGUUCAGUACUGUUGAUGAAAAGACAUCUCAUGGUAACAAUGGAGACGAAGAAGAUAUGGAUUAUAACGAAAUUGAUGAUAAAAUGGUUUUAAAGAGAAGUGAUACGAAGGAAAAAGAAGAUGAAGUUCAAGUCGAAGAAAUGGCGUUCAAGUCUACAAGCUUUAGAGAAGUGGUACAAGCUACUCCACGAAAGAGAGGGAAGCAAGCUAAUGAUUUCGAUUUGAAAAGAAGAACCGUGUUUGAUAGUCAAUUAGAACUACAAGAAGAGAAAAUAGACUACAUACGAACAAAAAAGCGUAUUCUUCUUGAUAAGGAACAACGAGAUCUAAAACUCUGGGAAGUUCAGUACCAAACUGCUCAGCUACAACGCACUCUUGCUUUGGAAGAAGUAAGUAUCAGAGGGUUGAUUGUCAGAGAAGAGGAUAUCAUCGUUCGCGAAGUCGAUUUCAACGGAAAGGAUUUUGAAGCAGCUGGCAAUGAUGAAUGA